AUGGAGCAACUCUCUGCCUCUCUCUCGGCCCAAAAGACCGACAUCCGGAAGAAUGUGCUGCAAGAGGUCGUGUCGAGGAGCUUCCGACGUACACUGCAUGCCGUGGCACGCAUGAGAAGCCACACCAGCUCGCCAGAGUCGCCACAGUCAUCGUGUACUCGGGAGCACGAUGAGGGUCGUAUCUUAGGCCUUCACAUGGACAACGGCGCUGAAACCGCGCCUCCGCGGCCAAGCCUUGCACACCUACUUCUUCGACUCCCACUUUGGCUGUGCUGCGGUAAGGAGAAGGCCAAGGACCUGGCCAGCUUCCGACUUGCAGAGGCCGAGCGCCGUGCUGCCCAGGAGUGCCUCCAACGUGCACGUCAGGCUGGAGAAGGCGACAAACCUUCGAUGUGUUUCAUGCGGCAGGACAUUCUGACUGGCAAAUGGGCCCAUUUCCAGCUUGGUACUGGCAACGACAAGAAGCCGCGUCAGACCGAAAGCAAGAGCAAGCAGGUGAAGAUGAGGCCAAUCCACGAGGAGCCCGAGCAGCUCUCCGGAUGUCCCUUCUGCGCGCUUCAGCGACCCAUGGCCGGCGACGUGCUGCGUUUUGAGGAGCUGAAGAACGGCGAGGCGGAGUACGACUCAAUGUGGCAAGCGCUCAAGGAUCAUUUCUGGUAUGCCGAAGAUACGUUUGCUGGGCACCGGCUUCGUCGGGACUGGUCACGCCCAGAUCCUUCCCGUCACGCACAGGUUCGGGUAGUACGCAACCUCUUCCCAAGCAUGAGCGUGCCACGAGAGUUUUACGAUGACGACUACGAGGGAGGCUUUUUGGAAGACAGGGUGGGGAACAUGAUCAAUCCUGCUGUGGAGCACCCCUUGUACCUGCAGGUGCCGGGUGUUGGCUUCAACGAUGUGGUCAUUGAAACACCCUGGCACAACAUGUGUGCCGCCCUGGAGAAGGAGGAGUACAUUUGCCUGACGCUGCGGGCAAUUGUCAUCCGGGGCAGAGAGCUGAUGCAGAAUCCUUUGGUUCGCUACGUGUCAGUGUUCAAACAGCAUAAGUGCGGAAGCAUCGUUCACGCUCACUGGCAAAUCAUCACGACACCGUUUGUGCCGAGCUCUGUCGAUGUGCAGCUCAUCCGCGCUGCACGACUCCACCGGCGCUUCAAUGCCUGUAUCGGCUGCCAGGUGCUCGUAGCGGCACCAACGGGUUCUGACCUGGCAAGCGAGCGAUUGGUCCUCGAGACGAAGCACUUCGUGGUCUCGGCACCUUUCGCUUGCCGCGAGCGCUGGCGGCUGUACCUGGCACCGAAGCGGCACUCGCCGGAUUUCUUCGCCACCACGGAAGACGAGCUGGUUGACCUUGCUCAUGUCUUGAAGAGGGUGCUUCAGUUGUACUACCACAAGCUGGAUGACUGCCCCUUCAACAUUGCAGUGUGGACGCGACCGACGGUUGUCGAAGAUGAUUCGUGGCUUCGAGCCUUCAGGUGGGAUUCCGGGGCAGAUGAUUGCAGACACUUCCACUGGCACAUCGGCUUCUAUCCAAGAGGUAAGCCCACGCCACAGGGCUUCAAGAAUGCGACGGACAUUGCACCGAUGAAAACUCUUCCGGAAGAUGAUGCGGCCAUCAUGCGGCAGUGGCUCAGGGAACUCCAGUGA